GCCCGUCGUUUUUUGUUGGAAGAAAAAAAAAGUGCAAACAAAUCAGUGUUCGCUCCGUAAUUUUCCGCCCUUUUUAUCCAAUUUUCACGAUCAAAUCGUGAUGGAAACCAGUGAAAAUGCUGCUCCAGUUGUCGAAGCAGUUCAGCAACGUGCGGAAAUGCCGGAAGCGGCCGCAGCGGAUGUGGAAAUGAGCAAUAUUACAGACGCUUCCACAAUAGUGCAACAGCAACAACAACAAGAGCAGCAGCAGCUGCAGCUCAAAAGUGCGGAAAGUGUUCCGGUGGCAGCUCCGGUUUCCGGAGAAAUUCCCAUAGUGGCGGUGGAACCAAAAGAGAAGGUCCCUCUGCUGGCCAACCCGCCCUCGCUGUUGAGAGGUAUCGCCCCGGGAUUUAUUAGAGGUGUGGCUCCCGCAGUUGGGAAAGUUCCGGUCAGUUUUCCGGGAGGAGGUGUUUCUCAGCCUCCUCCAUUGCUGGCCACCCCACAGAUUCAGGCACAGGAGCUGUGGGUGGAGACCAAAACGGCGGAGGGAAAAUCGUACUACUACCAUGCGUUAACGCGGGAAACAACUUGGACUCGUCCGGAUGGACCAAACAUAAAAGUGAUGACCCAGGCGGAAGUCGAAGCUAUGAACAAACCGCAACCAAAGCCGCUCUUGGAACUCAAGCUGGAUCAUCCCGGUAUGCCCGGCUUUCCCGGGGCAUCAAUUACACCCACCUCCGCCAUUCAGGCCGCCGUCACAACGGCCUCGGUCCAUCGCUUUUCCGGACCUCCCCCAGCAUUUAUGGGAGGAAUGCCACCCUUCGGGAUGCCUCCUCCUUCGUUCUCCAACUUCCCUCCGUGGAAUCAAGCUGCGGCCGCUGCUGCAGGUGCUCCGGGACAGUGGCCACCGGCAGGGGCUUCUCCUCUUAUGGAUCCUGCCAAGGCCAUUGCCGAAAUCAAGACCAGUGAAGUGGAUCCGGGAGUGGCGGCCAAAGCGGCCGAGUGGACGGAACAUAAGGCACCGGAUGGACGAGCGUACUACUAUAAUGCGUCCAAGGGGGAGAGCGUUUGGGAGAAACCGCAGGCGAUCAAGGAUUUGGAAAUGGCGAAAUUGGCCCUAUACAAUGCACGACAGAAGCCGAAAGCAAUUCCUCCCUUCAUUGCUCCGCCCAUCCCACCGCAGAUGCCUAUCAUUCCUCCCCUGGCGACGGCAGCCGGAAUACCUGGACUGGCUACCACUCAAGCGCUGGGAGGAGUCAAGAUUCAGCAGUUUCCCCCUCAGCUGGCCGGGUCCGGAGCCCCGAUUCGGCUGCAGCAAAUUCCGGGCGCUCCCGGAAUGGUAUUCGACCAAAUAAGCUUCAUGGCCAAAAACGACAAACAGGAAGAAGAGAAGAAGAAAAAAGCCGAGGCAGAGAAGAAGAAAAAAGAGGAAGAGGAGAAGGCUAAAGCCGCAAAACCACUGGACAAAAGUCGGCCCAUCUCCAGUACUCCCAUCAGCGGAACCCCGUGGUGUGUGGUUUGGACCGGAGAUGGCCGGGUGUUUUUCUACAACCCAUCUUCGCGGACUUCCGUUUGGGAACGCCCAGAGGAUCUGAAGGAGCGUGCCGACGUGGACAAAGCUAUAUCCGUCCCACCGCAGCAGCUGCUGGGAAACGUCCCAAAAGAGCCCACCGAAGUGGCCAAACCCGUGAUCGCUGAACCGGUCGAGAAACAAUCGGACUCGGAAUCGAGCGCCGAGGAAAGCGAAGAGAUUCCCAGCAAAAAAUUCAAAACCGACGUGGAAGCGGCCAUAAAGACAUCCCAGACGGCGGCGGCAGCUAGUAGCAAAAGUGGCACCGACCCCGAGAAGGAAGCCCUCGCCAUGGAAGCGGAAGUGCGUGCCUCCAGGGAGCGAGCCUUGGUACCGUUGGACGUCCGAAUGAAAUCCUUCAAGGAAAUGCUCAAGGAGAAAGAGGUAUCCGCGUUCAGCACCUGGGAGAAGGAACUGCACAAGAUUGUGUUCGAUCCCCGGUAUCUGCUGUUGACCUCCAAGGAGCGGAAGCAGGUGUUCGAGAAGUAUGUCAAAGAUCGCGCCGAAGAGGAACGCAAGGAGAAGAAGAACAAGAUGAAGCAGAAACGGGAGGAGUUCCGUUCGCUGCUGGAAGCCGCGAAUCUGCAUCCAAAGUCAUCCUUCAGUGAAUUCGCCCAGAGAUACGGCAAAGACGAUCGCUUCAAGGUGAUCGAGAAGAUUCGCGAGCGGGAAAGUCUCUUCAACGAGUUCAUCGUUGAGGUGCGCAAACGGGAGAAGGAGGACAAGCAGAACCGAAGGGAGCAGAUUCGCAAGGACUUUAUGGCGAUGCUUCGGGAGCACAGUGAGAUCAGUCGUCAUUCACGAUUUCACGAUGUUCGCAAGCGGUUGGAGUCCGACAGCCGCUAUCGUGCCGUGUCCGAUUCAGCUCUGCGUGAGGAUCUGUUCGAAGAACACAUCAAAUUCUUGAAGGACGAAAAGAAACGGGCCAAAGAGAAGGAUCGGAAACGGCGCGAUCGUCGGUCCAGUGAUCGCCGUGGAUCUUCACGCGAUCGCACAAUUUCUAGGGAACGUGAUCAGGAGGACGGCGAACACCCGCAGACAUCGGACGACGAAGCAGAGCGGCAGCAGAAGGAGCGCGAGAGAAGACUCCGCGCCGAGGCAAGUAUUAAAGAGCGUGAGAAAGAAGUCCAGCGGACGCUGGCUACCCAUCUUAGGGACAGGGACAAGGGACGUCAACAGCAUCAACGGGAUGAGGCGAUCCGGCACUUCAACGCGCUGCUGGCCGAUCUGGUUCGGAAUGCCGAUCUCACCUGGAAGGAAGUGAAGAAGCAGCUGAAGAAGGAUCAUCGCUGGGAACUGGUCGAGCUACUCGAUCGAGAAGAUCGCGAAGGGCUUUUCAACCAGCACAUCAAUAACCUAGCGAUGCGGAAACGCGACAAGUUCCGGGAAAUGUUGGACGAAAUUACAUCGCUUGAACUGACCAGCCAGUGGAAGGAGGUCAAGAAAAUGAUCCGCGAGGAUCCUCGCUAUUUGAAGUACAACAGUAGCGAAAGGUGCGAGCGGGAGUUCCGCGAGUACAUCAAGGACAAAACCAUGAACGCCAAGCUGUCGUUCCGGGAGCUGCUCAAGGAGUGCAAGUUCAUCACCCACAAGAGCUGGGACACGUACCGGGAGAACGGGAACCAUCUGCGCGAGAUCGAAGACAUCCUGCGGAACGACAAGCGCUACCUGGUGUUGAACCACAUGCACGCCGACCGGACGCAGAUGAUCCUGGGCCACCUGGAGGAUUUGCACAAGAAGGGACCACCGCCGCCGCCGACGGCCAGCGAGUCCUCCCGGAGGAAGUAGUUGUGUAAGUAACCUGCUGCGCCAGCUAUGACCGGUAUGUAUUCAUCCGUUUUCUUACAUUGAAACUUGAAGCUUAGAAUAAUUCCACCGAGCGCAAGGUGGGCCGAUAUAGAUUGUAGGAAUAUUUUAAUCUUAUUUGUUCGUGCUUACUAAGGCAUAUUAUAUAAUAGAGUUAUUGAGGACGGUGAACCGAAAACGGGAUUCAACGCCACAGGUGUAGUUGGGAGCUGGUUUGAAUUAUAGCCAGAAAUAUUGGAAGCAAAUAAAGGAAUCAGAUCAAUUUCAA